AUGGACUGUGGCGCCGCUGCUUAUGCAGCGCUCCCUAUUCAGUUUCUUCUCCCAUAAAUCCUGCUCCAGCUCCACAGAAUUGACGAUUAUGCGUUCUAGCUGGGUGGUCUGCAACUCUGCAUCAAAUUGGGUUUCUGAAAUCGGGAUGGGGAGCAGGGAGAUGUGUUGGGAUAUAGAGGUGGCGCCCGAGAAUUCUCCGGGAGGUGCGGCGGAAACCGGAAGAGGAGGGGAUGUGCACGGCAACUCGAAAAGAUCUUCAUUUCCCCUCGGUGGUUGCCAAUCAGCAGGCGCGAAUAGAAAUACAAAUUUCACCUCCAUCACUAUCCACAUCUGCCUAUCUCCUUUGUUGCCUCAGGUGCUCCCUCUCCUAAGAAACUCACCAAGCUAAAUUCUGGGUCUCUAAUCUGCUUGCAUUGUGAAGAUGAACAAGUGUUUGAAUGUUUUUGGCAUUAACAAAUUUCAGAACAACAAACUGAUGAACUGGUACACUGUGGUAAUAUCUACAUUUUGCUACCCCUUGUACACUGCACGCCAUGGAUGCAUGUAUUCUUUCAGUGUGAGCUUGUAGGUAUAUGACAUGUUGUUGCUAUAAAUAUGUCUUGCGCCUUAAUUCUUGCAGAUUGAAUAGUAGAAGGUAGUCAAAGGCAAGAAUUGUGCAACCGACUCUUAUGCAUAAAAAUGUUAGCAUUAUAACUGGCUUCCAUUGCAACCUUGAUCAACAUGAAGUUCUUCCUUUACAACGUGUUGAUAGCAGGAGCCAAUUGAUUGCAAGACCAACAGGAUUCUUAUUUGGAUGGAAGGGUCAUUUUGGUGACAUUGUAUGGUUAUGUAUCACAAUCAAGGGGAUUUGUAAACAUGUUUCGUUCAUAUGAAAUUUCGAGGUCUUGAAAUUGAUUAGUGAUCUUUUUUGGA